AUUAUGCAAAAUAAACCAUUCUGGCCAAGUUAAGAGAACAUGGCCGACUUUGAUCAUCAAAACGAUUUCAGUGGAGGAAAUUUCGGCGGGGGUGGUUACAGAGAUUACAACAGAGGAGGAUAUCGUGGGGGUGGUGGUGGUGGUGGUCGCGGUGGUGGACGGGGUGGGGGCAGAAAGCCUCUCCCCACUGAACCACCGUACACCAGCUAUGUGGGGAACCUUCCCCAUGGGAUCGUGCAGGGAGACUUAGAACUUAUCUUUAAAGAUUUGAGGGUGAGAAGUGUGAGGCUCGUUCGAGACCGAGAGACUGACCAGUUCAAAGGAUUUGCCUACGUGGAGUUUGAUGAUAUUGAAUCUCUGAAAGAGGCCUUAACGUAUGAUGGUGCUUUGUUUGAGGACAAGAACAUUCGAGUUGACAUAGCGGAAGGAAAGAAAGGUGGUGGAGACAGAGGCCGAGGUGGCCGUGGAGGUGGAAGAGGUGGCGGCUGGGAGGAUAGAGGAGGGUUCCGAGGAGGGAGGGGCGGUCGAGGACGCGGUGGCUUUGACAACUAUGGAGGCGGUCGAGGGGGCUUCAAUGACCGAGGGGGCUACAAUGAUAAUCGUGGUGGGGGCAGCAGAGGUGGCUUCGAUGACAGAGGAGAUGAUUACAAUAACUUUGGCGGGCGUGGGGGUCGAGGUGGAGGUCGUGGGGGUUACAACAGAUUUGACGGGGAUUCUAACGACGGUGGAAACUUUAGCCGUAGAAGACAAAAUAGUGGAGGUUCUGCUGGGGGACCGCCUAUGGAAUUGAGGGAACCUUCACCAGAAUCAGCGGCGGCUCGACCCAGGUUAAAGUUAUUGCCCAGGUCAACAAGAGAGCCAACCAACGAAGCGGUGAAUACUCAGCGAAACGCCAGUAUUUUUGGAUCGGGGAAACCCCGGAAUAAAUCACCGGAGGAAUCAGAGGCUCGUAGCAGAACCACUAGCGAAAAUAGCCACAAUAGUGGACAGUGAGGAAAUGUCCGUUCACCUUUUAUAUGUUCUAGUUCACUUUGAUUGGUUGGAGGGAAAAUGAUACAUGUAGAAUGCAUUUAUACGAGUGCCCAGCUAUACAUUAAGACAACACAAAACCAUGACACCGGCCAAGGUCCAGAGGUUAAGGUUGAUGAACCUUGAAGGUCAAUUGCCAAGGUCCUGCUGCCAGUGCUGUUGCUUUAAAGAGAGGACUUAUGCUUUACAUUUCUUUGUUACAUAGGUUAAGAGUAAAACUAAAUUAUUUGGUGAAAUGUUGGAUUUUGGAUAGUGUAGAUUUGCCCUGAACUUUUGGAUAAGAAAUAUCAUGCAGCCAAACAAAAUUUAGGUAGCUGGUUUCAUUAAGAAAAUGGCAGAUAUCAUUCGCAUUUAGUUUUUAAAUGAAAUUUGUAUAUAGAAGAGUUUGUAUUAGAUAAAAGGAUAAUUUGUACUUUAAUAUUACUGAAAUGGAAUAUUUGUAUAAGAGAUUUUUACUUCACCAAUCUCUUUACAGCUUAGAAAUCUUUUUUCUUUUUAGUUAAAGCCAGUUAGGUGGUUGACAAAAAAUUCAUUUACAUAAGUUUUUAGAUUAUUUUUAAAUGUAAUUUUGUUUGGUUCAGAUAUGCAAUGUAUUUUUAAAUGAUAUUGGAAGUGUGAACACAUGUGAUUUGAUGGCGAAACUUGAUGUACUUUAUAAAUAAGGUUACAAAAUAGGACAUAACAUUGAUCAUACUAGUAUUUAUUUUAUUUUUCAUUAUUUCUGUGCUGUUUGAGAAAAAAUGCUAGUAUCUAUCAUAAAAGAAAAUUUAUCUUUAUAAAUCUGCAGGGUGCAUAUUGUAGAAAUUUGUUUUUAUGUAUCAUGUUUGCUACGGCUGUAGUAUUGAAAAUUUUCAUAUUUCUUUAUCAACCAUAAUUUUGUUUUGUUUUCUUGUAAAUAGCAUUUCAGUUAAUAACUGUAGACUACUGUAAUUUUGGAAGGAUAUUAAUUUCGCUUUUUCUUGAAAUUUCAUCAUGAUUUUCAAACUUUGCUAAAUUUUAUGCAAAAAAACCUUCAGUGUUUAAUACACAUUACAUUUCAAUAACAUUAAAAAAGUCUAAGACAAAAUCUCAUAGCAAGCAUCUCACCUGGCCUGAAAGAGCUUUGAAACCGUUGAACCCCAUUUGUGCUAUGGAUUGGAGCAUGCAAAUGUUCCCCAUGAACGAGGAAUUCACAGUUAGCGUGAGUCAUCGAAAAUUUAACCUCACAAUUUUAAAAUAGUCUACAGUACUGCCCAUAGCUUAUUUUUACAACUUACUAUAUGGCAUUUUGUAUAUGGUGCAUUUCUGGCAUCUUGUAAUGAACCCUUCAUUUUAUCAGGAAAGUUUGUUUUUCUUUUUAUUAAUUCAUAAAUCAAAUGGUAUACAAUUAGAUUUUUUUAAUCAACAAUCAAAAUUUGAGUGCACAAAUUAUUCUGAGUUUCCACGUAGUCACAAAGAUUUGACUUAAGUAAUGUUUUAAGUUAAAUCCUUUUUGCUUCCCCUUUUUAUCUUUUUUGAACAAAUAUCAAGAAUUAGACGAUUUGAUUGAAAGUUGAAAAUUUGAAGAUGAUUUUUAGCUUAAGAUCAAAUUGUUACAUAUUUGUAAAGAAGUAUAUGUUGUCACCUUUUUCAUGAAAUAAAAUAUGUUAAACCAAAAUUGACAUUUUGGCAGUUUUAUGUUGUUUUUAUUGAGUAUAUUUAGCGAGAUAUAAUUCUUUCAAGAUGAAAAAAAUAAUAAAAAGAAACAUAACAUGAAAAAUGAGCAAAUUGAAAAACAACAAAAAAAACCUGAACCGAAGAAGAAAGUUUAAAUGUUUUUUUAAAGCUAGUAAAGAACCAAUUUAUGAAAAUGUUAGAUUAUUAAAGUAAUUCGAAAUAGUUCUUCACACGUCAUUGUUUUACAUUUACCACAGAAUGUUUCCAUGUUCUGCCUUAUAUUAAGUAUUUCUAGUCAGUGCGUGUCUCUAAACAGUAACAUUUUACUCGAGAUUUUACUUAAAAUCAUAUAUUCUACUGCAGUUGGCUUGUGUUCUUAUGUGAAACAAAUGUUUUCGAGUGGAAUUUCAAUUCUGUAUUUGACUAAACCUUUAUUUAAUUCCAUAUUAAACCAACAUUAAACAUUCUUAUAAGUCAUGCAUGUAAUACAUGUUUCGUUUUCUUUAUAAACAUUAACAGACAGCAACUUUAUUUUGAACAUAUUUUCACAAAGUAUGUGUUGCAUGUAUACAUGUAUAUUGUGUUCUGAAAACUCAUUUUGAACAUAUCAGUUUACUACUAUACAUGUUAUAUCUCUCAUAUCAAAAAAUGGUCAAAUUAAUGAAUACGAUACAAUUACUGGUUAACUAUACAUACAUGUACACUUGAUGAAAGGUGGGAACGUUGACAGCAUGUUUAAGAACAAUUCAAUCGUUAUUCACACAAAAAUGGUUAUAGAUAUUAUUCGAGUCAGUAUGUACAUUCUUAAAAAAAUUUUACAUGAAAUAUGAACCAUCGUAGGAAUAGUAUUUUUUUAUACGGUAGAAAACAGUAUUUUCUGUUUCAUCUCACUAAAUAUACAUUCUAUAUACUGUAUACAUUCACCAUAUUGCUGUAACAAAACAUACGAUAUGCUGGCAUUAAAACAUAAAAUCCAGAUUUUAUUUGAUUUAAAUAAUCAUUUUCUGAUUUAGUAGCAUUGUAACGUCUUAUCGCUCAUGCAAAUGUACAUAUUUGUCUGAAAAGAUGAUAUUUGAUGUUUCUUGUGAAUCAGUUGUACAUAUUGGUCAUUGAAGAUGGAAGGUAUGCAACGUCUUCAGAAGGGGUCAUGGUUUCUCAAUCUUCAUGGGUGUAUGCAAAACUAUAUUUCAUUAGCAUUACGGUAAUGAAAGAAAUUCAGAUAUAUCUUGAACAUUGACCCUUCAAUCAUGACCAAUAUGUAUUGUACAUCUAUAAUAACUAUGAGUACUAACUUUUCUGUGUAUGUGUACAGUCACAUCUCGCCACCUUUCAUUGAAAUUGUGUAUAUUUUAGAAAAGUUUUGCACGUUUGUAAAAUACUUAAAAAAGUAGUAAGAAUUUUGAGCAAAGCAUUUAUUGAGUGUUAUAUUUAAAAAACAUGCGUUUGUCAAUAGAAAAAGUUUAUGACCUGGUAUUCAUGUAAUGAAUUACAUUUUUGUUGAAAAAUGGAUGGAAAAUCUAUCAUUUUGGCAUUUAGGAGACAAAAUAUUCAUGUUCAUUCUUACAUUUAUAACCCCAUUGUUGGUAACAUUUCCCGAGAAUGCCUCAUUGUAGGCAAAUUUUCCCCAGAAUGCCUCAUUGUAGGCAAAUUUACCUCUGAAUGCCUCAUCGUUGGCAUUUUGGGAAAAAAGCCUUAUUGUUAGCAUUUUUUCCCAGAAUGCCUAAUUGUUGGCAAAAUUUUGCCAGAAGGCCUCUGCAGCAUUAUUUCCCAGAAUGCCUAAUUGUUGGCUAAACUUUCCCAGAAUGCCUCAUUGUUGGCAAAACUUUCCCAGAAUGCCUCAUUGUUGGCAAUAUAUUGCCAGAAUGCCUCAUUGUUGGCAAAAUUUUCCCAGAAUGCCUCAUUGUUGGCAAUAUAUUCCCAGAAUGCCUCAUUGUUGGCAAUAUUUUCCCAAAAUGCCUUACAUAUAAAUGGAUAUUAUUUCAUAACUGAUUGUUUAAUGCAUAUAAGCUCCGACUUCUCUCCUAAUUUAAGUAUGGGUUGUGCAUAGCUAUAGUGUGAGGAUUUGAGCCUAUUUUCAUUAGUUUUAUCAUGUUUUUUAAUGUUUUUGAAUCCCUUAUAGGGAUCCAUAAUGAUUGUAUGUUAUAUCUUUGUCGAAUUUGUGGCAUAUAUGAGGUAUUAAACUAAGAAAAUUUCUUUAUAAGGUUUUGAAGUUGUUUCUAGUUUUGUUUUAAACCAAAAUUUACUUUUAAGAUACUAUUUAGUAGUACUUAUGAGAUGUUUAAUAUUUAAUUAAUAGUACUAAUGAAAUGUUUAAAUCGUAACAUUUGAAACAUGUAUUUGAAGUAGAUUGAUUCAAGUGGAUAUGUUAAGUUAAAGUCAUUGUAUGAUCAUACCUAAGUGUUCUUGUUAAUAGGAAAUGUACGAGUAUUUCAUUUAUGUCAUAACUUUUACAAGGCCAUUUCUGUAAAUAUUUUCAUAUCCUAUUAGUGAUUAGGCCACCAUUAAUAAAUUGUUUGCUUGGCAUUACCUGACCCACAUUUAAGGUAUGGGGAGGUAGGUAUCUUUUUUUGUUACCCUCUUUCCAUUUAAUUUCGAAAUGAAAAAUCAAACAGGAAACAAAAGGAAAGUGCUAAAAAGUGCUAAAAAAUUUAGUCGCAGGUAUUUUUGCAAGUCAGUCGGGUAACGCCAAACAAAUUAUCUAUUUAGCAUGGCCUUAGCGAGCAGCAAUAAUGUAUUUACCUAGAAUAAUACAUUAGAACACGAGUCUAAUUCUGUAGUUUUAUUCUGACCAUAUCUUGCGAAAAAGUCUGGGGGUUUUUCUUUUCAAGGCCAUUUAAGGGCAUUACUUGGUAAAUAGAUUGUUGCAAAGUUUCCCAUGUUAUACCUCUGAUGAAAUGUAAUGCUUAGGCAAUAUGUGAAAAUGGCACGGACAUUUGACGGAUGCCUUGUAUAAAAGAUAUUGAAAUGAA